AAUACUUUACAGCAAGUGUCGGUUCAUAUGAUUUAAAGCGUUAUAACAAUGCUGUUCAUAUGUAAACGGGAUUUAUUGUGAAUUAACAAUCACUUCAUUGGAAUUCUAUAGCAAUAUCGGUUUAUAAUAUACGUUGGAAUUCCAGACACUUUGUAAAGUGCUAUCACUAACUGCAUGAUUCCACCUUUGCCGUUUUUCCUUUUUUUCUUUCUUGCAAUCAUCCCAUUUGCUCACUUAUGCCAAACCAAAGCAUCUCGCUCCAUCUCACUCGCUCCUCCACUGCAUCCCCUCUCCUCCUCCCGUGUGGAAGGCGCUGGCAACGCGGCCUGCACGCUGCCUCCUGUCGUGCUGGCAUGUGAUGGUGGCACUGGUGUGUUCUCUUCCUCUUCCUCUUUACUAACAGACGCAGACCAAACUGGAGCAUGCCCACAUUAAGGAGCUUGAACAGAGCCUGCUCUUUGAAAAGACCAAAGCUGACAAACUCCAGAGAGAGUUAGAAGACACUAGGGUAGCCACUGUAUCGGAGAAGUCCCGCAUUAUGGAGCUAGAGAGAGAUCUGAAGUCCCAAAUGAGAGAGGUGUCUGAGCUCCGCCACAGACUGGAGGCUUCCAGGGGGUCGGGCGAGUCCGACAUAGCUGCUCCGCUGCUCGAUGAACUGAGCUCUUUGAGAGAUCAGCUCUCCUCCGUAAGCAAAGAUCACCAAAUCGAACUCCGUGCCUUAAAAGAAAAACUUGAAAGUUCAGAGAAGGCACGUGAAGCGGAGCUGGCCCAGCUCCAGACUGACCGCGAGAAACUCUCCAAAGAGAACGAAUCCUUGAAGAGCAAACUAAACCAGGCAAGACAGGAGAACUCGGACGUCAUUGAACUGUGGCGUUCGAAGCUGGAGUCAGCCAGCGCUUUACACCAGCAAACCAUGGAAGAGCUCAAAAUGUCCUUCAGCAAAGGGGCCAGCGGGCAGGCCACAGAGCUCGUCGAGCUGAAGAGCACUGUGGAGAAGCUGAAGCAGGACCAGAAAAUGAAACUUGAAAAUAUCAGAGCGAAGCACGUCGCGGAGAACUCUGUGUGCUUCAAAGAGAUCGAGGUCCUGAAGACCAAGCUGUUGGAGGUCACCGAGGAGAAGGAGAAGUUGGUGGAGAACCUCAAGACCAAUCUGGAGGACAUAGAGGAGCAGCACCUGGUGGAGAUGGAAGACGCCCUGAACAAGCUGCACAACACGGAAGAGAAGAAACAGCACCUUGAUGGCACAGCAGAAGACCACAAGAAAGUCCAACAGACUAUGCAAGCAUCACUUGAAAAACUCAGUGAAAAAGAUGAGCAGUGCUCGUCCCUGUCUAAGGAGGUGGAGGCCUUGAAAACUAAACUUGUAGAAAUGGAAAGGAAAAUGAAGUCCAGCGAGGAGAGAGCGGAACAGCUGACCAAAGACAAGGCGAAACUGGAGAGUGACAUCACCGAAACGAUGAGGUCAUCGGGGGACAGCUCCGCCCAGCUCACGAAAAUGAACGACGAGCUUAAUCAGAAGGAAAGAAAGCUAGAGCAGCUGCAGACCCAGCUGUCAGAGGCCAAUGAAAAAGCAGCCCAGAUGGAGGAGAGCCUCAAGCAGGCGACGUGCAAAGCAGAGCAGAUCCAGCUGGAGAUGAGCAGGAAUCACCAGGCAGAGGUGAAAUCCAUGCAGCAGAGACUGGGAGAGAUGGAACAGAAAAUCGAGAAGAGCAUUGCCCAGAACAAGGACUUGCAGGCCACUCAUGAGAAGACCCUCUCGGAAGUGGCUGUGCAGAACAAGCAGUUUGUGGACGAGCUGAAGCAGAAGGCACAGCAGAGUGAUCAAGCGCUGGCGAGCGCGCAGGGGAGGAUCGGCGAAAUGGAGGCCGUGAUCGCUGAGCUCAAACAGCACAAGGAGCAAGCUGCGUCUCUAACAUCUGAGCUAGCAUCCGCAAAAGCUGUGGUUGAGCAGUUAACAGAGGACGUGAGAGAGUUGAACUCCGAAAAAAACAAGUUCAUGCUAGAAGGAGAGAAGCUCAGGUCUGAAAGAGACUUGCUCGUGGAGAAAAUAUCGGAUGUGGAAAUGAAAUAUUCCGACCUGGAAAAGAAGCACCAGAGCCUGCUCUCACAAAGCGAAGAGCUGCGAGUGGAAAAGGAAGGAGUGCUCAAAGAAAAGGAGGAACUUCAGUCUAGAAACCAGCAGCUAGAACAAGAGAAGGGAGCUCUGACAUCAGAUAAAGAGCAGCUUGCUCAGGAGGUAGAGAAUCUGAAAGCAGAGAUUGAAAAGUCAGCUGCGGAGACAGAGAGCCUUCAGACCACCAAGCUGGAAUUGAUGAGCAAAGUGGAGGAAUUUCAGAAAUCAAUCGAGGCCAGAAAGGUUGAUCUUCUGAAAUAUCAACAGGAGAUUAAGCAUGAGAACACGGCUAAGCAGAAUCUGUUGGCAGAAAAUGAGGAGAUCACCAAACAGAAGGAUGACAUCCUUGAGGAGCUGAAACGCACUCAAGAAAAAGCAACACAAGACCACAAGAAGCUUGUGGAGGAAAGGGAAGCAGUGGAAGGCCAGAAGAAGGUGCUGGAGGUCGCACAUUCUGAGCUUAAAGGUCAACACAGUGCUUUAGAAACAGAGAGGGAACAUCUGGCUCAAAUAAACUCCAAGCUGCUCUUAGAAAAAGAGAAACUAGAGAAAGACAAAGCAGAACUUGACUCAAAUCUGCAGAUGACAGUCUUGGAGAAAGAUGCCUCAGCAGCCAAAAAAGAAGAGCUUCAGAGCCAACUGAACAGCGUCAAGAAGGACCUGGACAAGUCGGUCCGAGAUACUGCUGAACUCCUAGCCUCCAAAGAAAGCCUGGCUAAACUCCUGGAAGAAAUUAAGACCAGUAGGGAGGUGACGGAUUCAGAGCGGGUUCAUCUGCUCCAGGAAAAAGAAGACCUGCUUGCAGCUCAGAGGAGGGUGUGUGCUGAGAAAGAGGAGCUUCUGAGAGAGAGGGAGGAGACUUCAGAGAAGCUCCGCCUGUUGGGUGAGGAGGCAGACACCACUCAAGAGAAGUUCCGGCAGGAGAAAGAAGCCUUCGGAAGAGAGAAAGAGGCUCUCCAUCAAAAGUGGGUUGAACUCGAGAACAGGUUCCAGGCACUGCUGGAAAAAAAGAAAGCCCUGGAAUCCAAAAUUGAGUCUGAAAAGGAUUCCUUCAUGAAGGAAAGAGCAGAUCUGACUGAGAAGCAUGAGAAGGAGCUCUCGGAGAAGGCAGGCUUGGCUCUCGAGAGGGACCAGCUUGCAGUCAAUGUUGAGAGUUUAAAAGGGGAACUAGAAAAGUCGGCCCAAGAAAAUGCCGACCUGCGAGCAGCGAAAGUCAGCCUGUCUUCCCUCUUGGACCAGCUUCAGCAAGGUAAGGAGGCUGUUGAAUCGGCGCAUGUUUCCCUCCAGCGGGAAAAAGACGAACUAAAAGCACAGCUUCAGAAGGAAUGCAUAGAAAAAGAAUCCCUUGUGAAAGAGAAGGUGGACCUGGAAGAGAAGUGUCAAAAACUAGAAGCAGCAGCCAGUCACGUGCAGGGUGAGCUGACUCUCGAAAGGGAUGCUGCUCAAAUGGAAAAGGAUUUCCUCACUGCCCAGCAGUUGGAGCUUAGGGAUAAAGUGCAGUCGUUGCAGAAGGAGAAAGAUGAUCUUGCUGUUCAGUAUAAAGACCUGCUGUUGAAGAAAGAGUCCAUUCUUAAAGAGAAGGAAGAACUGGAGUCCCAACAGAAGCACAGUGCUGAUGAGAAACAAAGUCUGCUGGCUGAGAAGGAUGGGCUGGUGUCCAAGAUUGAGGAGCUGCAGAAAGAGGCUGAAGCUUUGUCUCAAGAGAAUGCUGAGCUGCAUGCUUCGGAGUCUAGCCUCUUGAAAGACUUGGAUGCCCUACGCAGCAGUCAAGAGGCAACUGACUCUGAUUGCACCAAGCUGAUGCAGGAGAAGGAGGACCUGAAGGCUGCUCAUGCAAAACUACUGUCCAAGAAUCAGGAGCUUCUCAACGAGAAGAAGCAAUUGGAGCAGACGCACAAGGACUUGUGUGAAGAAGCCGCAACUACCACCAAGGACAAAGAAGAAAUUUCAGCCAGGCUGAGUGAUGUGAGCAGUGAGAAAGAAGCCUUGAUUAAAGGAAAAGAAGACUUGGAGUCCCAGCUAAAGCGCAGUGGGGAUGAGAAACAAGACCUUGUGGCUGAGAGGGACGGUCUGGCUUCCAAGAUUGAGGAGCUGAAGCAUGAAGUGGAGGCUUUGGCUAAGGAAAAGGCUGGGCUGCAGGCCUCAGAGUUCAGCCUCCUAAGGAAGCUGGAAGCACUCUGUAGCAGCCAGCAGGAGAAAGAAGACCUUCAGGCAGCUCAUACGAAACUGCUCUCCGAAAACCAGGAGCUUCUCAAGGACAAGAAACAGCUGGAGCUGAUUUACAAGAUCUCGUGCGAGCAAUCUGCUGUCACUGCACAGGAGAAAGGAGAGUUCGCAAGCAGGCUGGAAGAAAUGAAGACCGAGAGAGAGACCCUGCUCAGAGAGAAGAGGGAAGGGACCAUGAAAUUAACAGAACUUGAGGCUCUUCACAAAAGUGCUAUUUCAAAGGCUGCAAAAACAGCUGAUCAGGCUCUGCACUCCCUGGACCAGAUAACCAAGGAGAAGAACGACGCCCAGGCCUCGCUGGAGGAGACCAAGCAAACAAACCACAAACUGCAGCAAGAGCUUGAUGCAUUAAAACAACAGAACUCAAGGUUUCAAGAGGAGCUUAAUCUGUCGAAAGAGCAACGCGGAUCAGAGAGCAAGAGGAUAGACGACCUCCGCAAGGAAAUCGAGGAGCUAAAGCUGGAAGUGUCUCAGAAGUCCCAGCGUCUCUCAGCACUGCAAGAGGAGAACGUGAAGCUGUCUGCGGAGCUGGGCUCAAGCCGAGAGGAAGUCAGCAGCCAUCAGAAGCUUGAAGAAGAGCGGUCUGCCCUUAAUAACCAGCUAUUAGAAAUGAAAAAGAGCUUGCCCAAUAAUACUUUAAGAGAGUCUUUAUUAAAGAAAGGAUCCAAUGAGGAAAAGGCUUCCUUAGAGAAAUCCAUCCAAAAAACCAGUGCCUUGAUCUCAGAAAAGGACAAAGAAUUGGAGAAGCUCAGAAAUGAGAUUACAGUGUUGCGAGGAGAGAAUGCCAAGACUAAGACACUGCAGUCUGCAGUGCAGUCCCUGGAAAACGACAAAGCCAAACUGCAAGAGAAGGUGCAGAAUCUGGAGGAGAAACUCGCUGAAAACGAGAACAAGAGGGAGAACAACACCGGCUCAUCGGGAGAUGCUGAUCUUGAACAGCUAAGAGAAGACAAGGACUCUGCAGAGAGCCAACAGGAUAUGCUUGACUUCCUCAAUUCAGUGAUUAUAGAUCUGCAGAGGAAAAACGAAGAGCUGAAGAGCAAAAUGCAGACAAUGGCAGAAGCGUCUCUCAAUGGCAAUACUGCCAGUGAACUGGACAACUACGACAGUUUCAGUGAAACCCAGGAGAAGAAGAAGAAGAAGAAACCUGCCCCUCGUCUCUUCUGUGAUAUCUGCGAUUGCUUCGACCUCCACGACACGGAGGACUGCCCCACGCAGGCGCAGAUGCCAGGAACUCCACCGCACACCGCUUACCACGGCAGCCGGAGGGACGAGCGCCCCUACUGUGAUAUCUGCGAGGUGUUCGGACACUUGACCAACAGCUGCAACGAUGACGAGACCUUCUAGUGCCGUCAGCCAUUAGAGGCAUACUUCUAAGUUCACAGAUAUAAUUGGACCGGUUGAUUAGCAUUGGAACGUGCAAGAAGAUACACAAAUUAAUAUGGAGAUCUUUUUUUCUUUUUUUUGGGGGGCGGGGGGAGGGGGGGGUUCGCAGGCCCCAGGACGAGCUCUUUCUUGGUCGUCUAAACCGUCACAGACAACACCCCGCAGUAAACUCUGUCUGUAUCACCACCUGCUUGGUGGUUUUGAGCUCUUCAUUCAUCAUCUCAAUGUUACACUUUCAAAGAAGUCAUUCCUGUUGAAGCUGAAACAUUGCAGUACGUUUUAAGGAUGAAAAAUAUAAUAAUAAUAAUAAUAAUAAUAAUAAUAAUAAUAAUAAUAAUAAUAAAAACAAGGAAGAACUCAUCCUUAUUGACUCUUUUUAAAUUAUUUAGUGAAUGGAUAUGUAAGUUUCUGGCUUUUCUUUGUUUUUGUGCUAUAGAAACUAGCACGCUACUUUUUAAAAAAUGUAUUUUGAUUAUCAGUAAGCAGUUGGUACAUUACAACACUGGGGUAAUUCUGUGGCGUUGGUGUAAUGUAUGUAAAAUGCAUGUGGCUUGAACAUCUGCAAAAAUAAUAAUAGUUCAAGAAAAUCAAAUUGCAUAAAGUACUAACAUAGUCCUGGUCAAGCCUCGCUACGGGGUUUUGAGUUGAACACCCUAUUGCACUGCACACUUUGUACUGCAUUGUCUCCUUUUUAAAUUCUUGGCUUCUGUAAUAGCCAAUAUAUUAAAGUUUUUCAAUUAUCAAGGCAUAUUAUUAUUAUUAUCCUGGAGGAAUAGUAACACGGUUGAAUUAAUUAUCUGUAUGUAAUUAUUUUUUAUUUUGAAUGUUUAGCAUAUGUAAAGGUGUGGAUCAUAAUAGUAUAAUCCAUUACUGUAAAAUAUAUACAUGGAGGGGGGAAUAGCCCUAGCUAACUGUACAUACGUGUUGUAUUUUUCUGAAAAUGAUGACACAAGGUCAUGAAGAAUAUAUUUUUUUUUUUUGUUCUGUUUUAAGUUUGGGUUCUGUAAUAAAUGUAUAGAACAGGAACUGUUGCAGGGAAAAGGCACAUUGUAAAGACAGUAUUAAUCCAAGCACAGUACGGAUUGUAUUUACUUCAAUAAAUGCUCAUUGUCUUCAA